CCCUACAGACUCCCUUUGCCCCUUCAUUCUUUUUCUCUCUCCCCCUCUCUCAGCGUGUAAUCUCUCUUUCUCUCUCCACUUCUAAAUAUUAUAUUGUUGAUUCAAAAAAAAAAAGAGAUAAACUCUAAUAAAAUAUUCAUCUCUGAUUAAAUUAUUAUCCUUCCAUCUGAUCUAUUUCAAAACAACCGUUUUCACCGCGGUAGUUAUAUAUUUUACACACUGCUGACGUGGCAACCAUCCAAUAGCAAACGGCCAUGAAUACCAAAACGAUGCGUCUUCCGCCACGUCGUAUGCUGACGUCAGACAAACGAAUUCUCCCGAGUGUCGCUGAAAAACCGACUGAGACCACCGGCGCAACAAAUCAACCACCGCCGCCGACGACUCCCGCCGCCGGUCCGAAUCAGCUCCUUGCGGGUUAUUUGGCUCACGAGUAUCUCAACAAGGGCACACUCUUCGGAGAGCAGUGGAGUCCGGCUCGAUCCGAGGCGAGGAAGAAUAAGGCGAGCCAUGAAACAGAGCCGAGUGAUUAUAAACGGAGGAGAUAUGUGGAGGUAGCUGAUAUCCUCAGGGCAGACGGGGCCUUCAUGCCAGGUAUCGUCAACCCUUCACAGCUUGCCCGAUCCCUUAAACUGUGAUGGCGCUAAUCCACGUGGACGAAUGACACUGGCUGGUCCAAAUGAAAAUCAUUCCUCCUCGUUAGGUUUUUUUUGCUAUUGUUGUUGUUGUUUGGGAUUAGAUGUAAUGUGUGUUAUUGUAAAUCUGGUGAUGUUAUCGAUUAGCCAACGUUGUUGAAAAAUUGAUCGCCGAUUUAAAUAUCAUUUCUGCAAAAUGUCUGGUUCUGGUGUGCAUUAUAAAUAAUAGAUCAAUGUUUUUAUUCA